CUUUUACAUAUUUAUAAUUAUUAAUAAUAUAAUAAUCAUGUCUUAUAUGUCGGGCUUUUAUGACAACAGCAAUUUUACAUUCCAAAAUUUUCAAAUUAAUCCCACACAUUAUCCUUUACCUCCCUUCCCUCCACCUCCUGUCACCCCUUUUUCAUUAACCCCUGAACUAACUGACCAGGAUUUCUUGAAAAAGUUUGAAAAUCGCAUACCUAAUGAGGUCAAGCGAAAAGUUAAUACACUUAACAUAUCAGAACUUCAUGACAAUAUCUAUGAAUUAGUUUUAUCAUUGAAUGAUAUGAAAAUUCAAGAAGGAAAUCUGUCUAACAAUAUUGAUAAAUUAUCUGAAGAAGAAUGGAAGGCCGCACUCGAUAAUAUAAAAGUGAAUAAAAAUGUUAUACAAAGUGUGAUAGCAAAACUAAGCAGUUCAUAUUUAGAUAUGAGCAAGAAGCUUAUUGCAAAAAGAACAGCAAAGAGAUUACGGCUGAAAAGGCUCAAAGAGGAAAGAAAGAUAGAAAAGAAGGAAAGAACAAAGCAGUUGGAAGAGAGAUCCCGCAAGAUUGAUGAGAAUUUGCAGAAAAUAAAAGAUGAUAUUCAGAGAGCUAAACAGGAGGAAGAAGCAAAAAUUCAAGCUGACAUCUUCUUGAAAGAAGUAAUAAGAAAGAAACACGAUGCCAAUAAGAGUAUAGCAAAAUUAGAAGCACUUCUGAAGUUAAGAAAAGCGCGGCAGAACACUGCUAGAGGGAGAGGGCAAGAUGUAUCAGAUACUGAGGCAACUACCUUCCAAAAUAAUAUUGAACGGAUCAAAAAACUAUGGGAACUCAAACUUCUUACGUACGAACAAGAAGAAUCAGAGUCGCGAGCUCAAAUGGCACAGAACAACAAACAAACAGAUUCCUCAACUUUAAUGGAGACCGAGGUCAAAGGCAACUUGGUGAAGUGGAGGCAGGUGUUGUUCGGUGGGGAUGUGUACCCUCAGGUCGAUUUCAAAGGGGAUGUGGCGAGGUUUAUUGAUGUUAGAUCGCAAUGGGAUUGCUACAUAGAUGAAGGUGCGGAAUCAACCCCUCUCCCCAUGGGGUGGGUUGUCCCCAACUCAACGAAUUAGUUGCGACUUGAAAGUCUUACUAUAUUUUUGCAUAAACUUUGUAGAAUUGAUGUUUUUAUGUGUUUAUGCUUGACGAUAAAUUGUAUUUGUAAUAAUUAA